GUGUGAUAGAGUGGUCCCAUGGUAACAGGACUUGGCCAAGCAUGCGCAUGCUCCAAAGUUGUUGCGCAAUGAUGUAGUGCCUGUUGUUGUGUUGAGCCCGAUUUUGAUGGCGGCUGGUAUGUAGUCUUUUCCUUUUUGUACUUCCCGUUUCAUGUUUGUUCAGUCCUAAUAAUUAUAAUAUUCCCGUCCUAUCCGGUUGUGUUGCUGUGGAGUCCGGGAGGAGAGUUUUCAGUCACAAGUGGUGCCGAAACCCGUUUGCUGAACCUAGUCUUAUUCGUUUUUUCUGACAGUGUUUUUGGUCGACGGCCUGUAUAGUGAUGGCGUCGGGUCCUCGCGUGGACAAUUUGCUGCGACCUUUUCGGGGGCGCGAUGAUAAUCUGGAUGAAUUCUGGCAGAAGUUCCAGGUGGUGGCAGGCAUCCAGAAGCUUGAGUCGUCAGAAGCCCGGAUGGCCGUACUCCCAUUGUAUUUGUCGGGUGAUGCAUUCACUGUUUGGUGUGAGAUGGCCAGUGAUGAUCAGAAGGACGAGGCCAAGGUAAAGCAGCGGCUCGUGGAGUCAUUUUCAGUCACCCCUGCCGAUGCCUACCACCAGUUUGUCAAGCGGAGGAAGCGUGCGGACGAAACUGUCGACGCCUACUUGGCGGAUCUUCGGCGGCUGCAACGGCUAAGUGGACACAAGGAGGCAGCGGACGGCAAGGACCCGAUCCUCUUGGAGCAGUUCCUGGUGGGGCUUCCGCCUCACUUCGCCGUGCAGCUUCGUUUGAAUGCAGCCUCUCAACCUGCUGGGGCUACGGUAAGCUCAGUUGCAGCCCAGGCCCGUGCCCUUUGUGCUGCGGGCAGCUUAGUCAAGGAACCCGUUGCUGCUCUGGCAGCCAGCCCUGCUCGACGACCCAGUGGCAGUUCCACCCCUAGUCGCCUCUGCUAUGAGUGUCAUCAGACUGGGCAUUUGCGGCGCGAUUGCCCGAACCGGCAGAGACGUCCUCCUGUUUGCUUUCAUUGUCAGCAGCCCGGCCAUGUCAAGCGUCAGUGCCCUCAGCUGAAGUCUAGUGGUGGUGCCAGUUCUUCUCAGACGCCCACUAGUACCGCCUGUGCUGCGGGCUCUGGCUCGUCGACCACGGGCAAUGCCUGCCUCAGUGUCGUGGCAAGUCCCUGUUCGUCGCUGCCCAGGAUUCAUGUCUAUAGUGAGGGCCAGGCCAGGCUGCGUGCUGCCGUGGAUUCCUGCUCUAGUAAGUCCUUGAUCAGCUAUCGCGUUGUCUCCGAGUUGGGUGUACCCGUUCAGCUCGUAGAGUCCAACCCGCGCAUUACCGCCAUCGAUGGGCAGGAAGUUGUGGUGUCUGGGCAAGUCCGGUUGACUGUUCAUCGUGACGAUGACAAAGUGCACCUGCCUGAAGUUACUGCUGAUUUCCUCGUUGUCGACACCUUGGAUGUGGUUGACGCUGAUAUCCUUCUGGGACUGGACAUUAUCUCCUCCGUGGGUGGCGUGCACCUUGGUUAUGCCCCCGAUGGCGUCCUCGCAACCGUAUGGUUUGGUCGCCAGCGUGAUCCGUCAACUGCAUCCGAUACCACGUCCGAGUCUGACAACCCGGAGAGCUCCGCUAAGUUGCCACGCGAUGUCUCUGUGUCACGAGAUGGGCCGAAUGUCACCCUGUCCAUGGGUGAUGCUGAGGUCGCCUUCGACGCCGAGCGUGGUUUUUGGGAAGUCCAAUGGCGUUGGUCGGCAGGCGCACCACCGCAAGCCCCUAUUGGCUCUGGUAUUGGCGAAUACUCCCGCCAGAAGUUGUCACCGGAGCAGGAGGCCAAGUUCCAGGCCGAGAUUGACCUUUGGCUGGCGGAGGGAUGGCUUGUACCGUAUGAUGCUGAUCGACAUGGUCCACCAGGCGCUGUACUGCCACUGUUGGCUGUGUGUCAGGAACAUAAGCCUACCACACCCGUGCGUCCGUGUUUGGACUACCGUGCGCUGAACGUUCGGAUCAUCUCCAGCCCUGGUCGGGAGGCACCCGCGUGCCCUGAGAAGCUUCGCGAGUGGCGGCAACGGAAAGGCGCGUCCAAGAUUGUCGACAUCCGUAAGGCCUUCCUGAAUGUUCGCAUCCACCCAACCCAGCAGCGGUUCCAGAUGGUCGUUUGGCAAGGACGACAGUACGUGAUGGAGCGCAUGGGCUUUGGCCUUGCCAUUGCGCCGAAAGUCUUGGACACUAUUGUGAAAUGGGUGACCCGUGACUUCACCGACACCGAUAAUUACAUUGAUGACAUCAUCACGCCGACAGAUCAGGCGGAGGCCCUUGCGGACGCGCUGACCGCCCAUGGAUUGCCUACGAAACCUGCUGUGGACGUUGAUGCGACUCGCGUCCUUGGUCUGCAGACGCACGAUGGCCAGUGGGAGCGACGCGAGCCACUGCAACCCCCUCCUACCCAGAUGACUAAGCGGAAUGUAUUCCAGUGGUGUGGUCAACUGACUGGUCAUUAUCCGGUCUGUGGCUAUCUGCGCCCUUUGGCUAGCUGGCUGAAGCGCUUGGCGUCUGCAACAACGGAUGCCUGGGAUGCAGCUGUCCCCCAGGAGUUGUGCGACCUUUGCCACGAUGCGGCAAAGCGUGUGGAGGGCGACGACCCUGUUCAUGGAGCCUGGACUGCGGACGAUCCCCAAGACUGGCGUGUUUGGUGCGACGCCUCCAGCAUUGCCUACGGUGUCGUGCUCGAAGCUGAUGGUACUGUACUCGAAGACCAGUCGUGGCUCCGCGGUGCCACCGAUAAACGCCACAUCAACGUCGCCGAGCUAGAUGCCGUGGUAAAGGGCCUCACUCUCGCGUCGUCUUGGCGUAUCCCGAAGUUGUGCAUCAUGACCGACUCCCAGACGGUGCAUGGGUGGCUGCGUUCUCUGUUCGACAACAUCAAGCGGGUUCACGUCAGUGGGUUGCACGAAGUCCUCGUGCAACGCCGGCUGCAGGUUAUUCUCGAUAUCGUCGACUCGUCCGGCAUGAGUGUUGACGUGGUCUGGGUACCCACACAGCAAAACAUUGCUGAUCAGCUCACACGUGUCCCACCGCCGUUCCUCCGCUUUGCCCGCCAGACUGCGAAGAUGUCUGGCCCGAUUGGUGAUGCCGAUGUCGUUGGCGCCGCUGUCGCUGAUGAUGCCGCCUGGCGUGUCCUAACCCUGGGCGAGAUUGCCGCGGCGCAGCAGCAGGACGAGGUGAUUCCGGUUGUCGUCGAGGACCUUGUGGCCGGCCAUGCUGUCCGUUCGCCGGCAUUCCAGCGUGUUCAGCAGCAAUUGACCGUCGUGGAUGGCGUGCUGAUGCGGAGCGUCAAGCUACCCCCUAACGAGGUCAUGUCAGUACCAGUCGUGCCGAAUGACAUCGAAGAGUUCGUUCUUCGGGGUGCCCAUCAACAGACUGGCCACGCCUCCUGGGAGGUCAUGUGGCGGUUUCUCCGGGGUGUCUGUUACUUCCCCAACAUGGCCGAGAAGUGUCAGGACUUCAUCCGCCGCUGUCCCCCCUGUACGGCUGCAAACCCUCGUGGUGGCCCCGGUGUGCCACCGACACGACCUGUCUCCGCCAACGGUCCCUGGAGUGUUGUCUCCAUCGAUACCUUGGAGCUUGGUGUCAGCCGUUCUGGUUACCGCUACGUACUCGUCUGCAUCGACCAUUUUACCAAGUGGGUCGAAGUUGUCCCGAUGAAGCGCCACUGUUCGGCGGAGGUCGCUGCUGCCAUGGUCUCUAUCUGCUCACGAUGGGGCGCGCCUGAGGUUGUGCGUAGCGAUAAUGGCACUGAGUUCGUCAAUGCCAUUGUGUCAGCCCUGUUCAAGUCCUUUGGCGUCACGGUCCAGCGGGGCGCUGUUCGACAUCCCCAGUCACAAGGUUCUGUGGAACGUUUCAACCGGACGCUGUUGACGAUCAUCCGCAAGACGCUCGAGGAUGAUGACGACUGGGAGACUGCCCUCGAGCUUCUGUUGUUCCACUACCGUUCUCGCCCGCACACCGCUACGAAGAUUAGCCCGAUGGAAGCCAUGCACGGCUGGCAGCCUCACCGUCUUCUCAUCGAACAAGAUUCCACUGAACUGUCCGACAGCGCCUGGGUGGACAAGUUGCAGCGGAAGUCUGCCCGCCUGCGCGAUCACCUCGAAGUUGAGCUAGCACGGCUUGACUUCCUCGAUGCUCCCGUGCCCGAGUGUCCAUACCCCGUUGACACUGCCGUCCUUCUUCGGCGUCCGGAGCGGCAUUCGAAGAUUCUCACCCCCUUCGAAUCUGGAUGGCACGUAAUCCGCAUCAUCUCCCCGUCGACAGUCCGUAUUGCCACAGCUGAUGGUCGCUCCAAGCUGGUGAACGUGGAUUUGCUGAAGAGAGAUCCACAGGCUCCUGAUGCGCAUGGCCCUGCCGACGCGCCGGCGGCAGUGGAGGCUGACGACCGGGACCCCGUUGUCCAGCUCGUGUUGCAGACGCCCCCCGUACAUGAUGCCAUGCCUGACACGCCUGUCCAUGGCUAUGGUUUGCGCGAUCGUUCCAGUCUGCAGGUCCCUGGUCGGUUCCGUACGUAACUCACACCGUUGUGUUCAUGUACUGCAUGUGUCAUUCUGGACUUUUUCGUGUGACGGUACAUUGCACCAUAUGCUUUGUGGCUGCUCGUGCCGCAUCUAUUCUGGUUGCGUGGGUAUUCUCUUUUCUAUUCGGUUCCGGUAUGGUUGCCCUUCACUUGCUGUUUGCCAUCUUUUAUGUAUAUCCGUGUGUAUGGUCCAUCUGCGAGACCGUUGUCUUCUUUCCCGCAUUUUGUGUCCCUUCUUUCCACUUUUGUCCCCUUGGAAUGUUUCUUUGCCCGUUCACUUUGGUGAUACAAUUUCCCUGUUACCAGGCGGAGGAGUGUGAUAGAGUGGUCCCAUGGUAACAGGACUUGGCCAAGCAUGCGCAUGCUCCAAAGUUGUUGCGCAAUGAUGUAGUGCCGGUUGUUGUGUUGAGCCCGAUUUUGAUGGCGGCUGGUAUGUAGUCUUUUCCUUUUUGUACUUCCCGUUUCAUGUUUGUUCAGUCCUAAUAAUUAUAAUAUUCCCGUCCUAUCCGGUUGUGUUGCUGUGGAGUCCGGGAGGAGAGUUUUCAGUCACAUGCAGUCCUGCAGUAAGUACUUGUCGCUUCAUGUGACAUUUUUGUGCAUUUCAAGUACGAGCUCGUACGCAUUGAUCCACGGUGGUUGCGAAUCAGGAAAAACGGCACGUCAUCUUCUUGCUCCUCUCUCUCUCUCUAUCUCUCUCUCUCUCUCUCUCUCUCUCUCUCUCUCUCUCUCACUCACUCAUCAACUCUCUAUUUCUUUUUGCCCUUGUUUGUUCUUUCUCCUUCUAUUGACAACAUAUGCCAUUGCAGAUCUAUGGGAAAUGUGACACCAAUGUAUGGGGCCGGGCAGAUAGUGGAAACACAUCUGUUCAACGGACCAACAUUCGGUGACAUUGAGCUUGGUCUGAGUGCACGCGGCGUCAGUAGUAAUGCAAUGGUGCUGUUGGAAGUGCGCUCAGUGGCAAAUCUCAUCUACAGAUCAGCACCAGACUUCAGACCAAGCAUCUAUGUGAAGGCAUACCUGCAAAGUGACGAUGGCACUAAAGUUCACAAACGCAAGACAAAGGGUCGGCAGGGUCGUGACAAUGUGAUUUUUGACGAGGUCCUCAUGUUCCGCUCCCAAGGACUAGAUAAAAUAAUGAAGGUCAUGGUUUGGGAGGAUCAUGGUGUUCUUGGUCGUAACGUUAUGCAAGGCGAGGUGCUGGUGGACUUGUCACUCCUUGACCUACGCACUGGUAGCCAUGCCUGUUAUCCACUGUUCGCCCCCUACUCAUCGUCGACUGCCAAUCUGUCGCCAGCAGAGUCAAUGAUGUCAUUGUCAUCAUCCUUCUCUACUGAUCCCGGUGGACAGAGUCCACGCAAGUUAAUAUCGGGUGGAUCACAGCAUUCCAUCAAGAAGAAAGGCUUUCGCAAGAGCCUUCGCUGAACCGCAGCCGGCUAUAUGCAUCAGUGUGUUCUGUCGCUGCACGGAGGACAUGUACGGUAUGAUGUAACACCAUCACUGGGGUCCACCUACACCUGCACCCAGACUCAACAAACCCAGACGUCCAAUGAUAGUAGCAUGCGGAUAGUGCCAGGCAAACGACUGUUCCUCAUGUUUCGCAUCUGCAUUGCUGCAUUGAUGAAGGCUGGGAGAUCACAAGCUGAUUUGGACCAGAUUUCUAGCUAGGUUCCUGACGUACCACAUAUCCUCAUGUCAUUGUUCAUGGAUGAAGUCAGACAUGCAUGCACAGGCGGGCCUGGCAGAAUUGAACAAUCCCCAUCGCACGAAUGCUAUAUGGUCAAAGUCCAUGUAGCGGUGUGACAACUUCACGACAAGCCAAUGAUCUGCACGGUAUUCUCAGCAUGAGCCACUCAUGCAACCUGGAAUUAAUGCGGUGCUCAUGUACUGAUGCCGCAGCUGUGGAUGCCAACGAUUUGUCAGCACAUCCUGCUGCCGUGCUGUCGCUGCUGUCGGCACUGCUGCUGCUGCUGCUGCUGCUGCUGCUGCUGUAACUGGUAAGGUGUUCACUGUUCAGUGCAUAGGCAGAUACCCGGCAUGUCUGUAUUGAAAUUCUUGAGAGCAGACUGUCCUAUGCAGUGAAAGAGAUUGUGUGCUGUCCUGGUCAACUCUACCCACUGGAGACAAUCAGCACAACACAUUUUGCUAUUUGUUCACUGCACUUGCUGGAAGUCAGGCAAACAGUAGCAUGUUGGAGGUAUGUUCAUAACUUAUGAUUAUGCUGUGGGUACUGCAGUACAUACUGCCCAUAACUUGAGUCCCUGUUUCGAUCUAAACUAUUUUAUGACUUGUGACUUGUGGAGUGAGUUUUUCAGCCACAAUAUCCUAUCUAUAAGCCAAGAUUUACUGAAUACAUGCAAGCCGUAGCCAACUAGUCCUAGCCAGAAAGAAUCCUAUUUGACAAGUUUGUAUUUGAACUACUGCAGUGACGACGACGGCCAUCAUCAGGCCUGUAUGGCUCUCUGUUCAUCACUAUUCUGAUUCUCCAUAGAACGCUGGUAUCUAUCAAUACCAAGAAAUUGGACUCUUUCUUGAACGCAGCUUGGUCUGCCGAUUUUCUGCUUGAACCCUGGCAAGAUGCGUUGCACAUGCCACUGCAUAAGCAAUGUGUUUGGACUGCUACCAUUAUUAAUUUUUAUUUUCACUGAAGCGACCGCUGUAUCAUG